AUGAGCGUGACGCUCUCGCACCGCCCAGCUGCCGUGUGUCUCGGCAUUGGCGUGGCCGUCCUCGCAUCCGUUUCAUUCUCCGGUCACAACAAGAAGCUCUGGAAGGCUAUUCGUCAGGCGUCUGUGCACUGUCCAUCUCGACGCGGUUUAUGCAGCUCUCACACUGGACGACUAUCGAGUGCACCGUUACUGCCGUGUAUCAAGGAACUCGAGCAAGUGGAUCCUGGUCGACUUGGUACGCAGAAGAUCACGGUCGUACAGCUAAACAUUUUGGCGAGCAACUUGGCUACACGCAAUCACUUUCCGUACGUCUUGGAGUCGAGUUUGAACUGGGAAAACCGAAAAAUGGCGUUGCUGAGACAAUUGGACACACUAGACGCGGAUGUGCUGUGUCUCGAGGAGCUGAGCGACUAUUGGACAUUUUUCAAGCCGGAACUGCAAGAUCGAGGGUACGAAAGCGUCUAUGUCAAGCGUCCGUCCAUCCAUGUCUCGAACUGGUCUGGUGAGAAGAAGCACGAUGGGUGUGGGAUUUUCUACAAGAAAGACAAGUUUGAGCUGAAAGAGUUUGAAGCCGUGAACUUUCACGAUCCGCAUGACCGAGUGGCCGUUUUGGCGUUGCUGAAGAUGCGUCACUUUGCGCAGUUUGUGCUGGUCGGCUGCACACACUUGUGGUGGAAUGCCAAGAGGGUCGACCAUCAGAUGGCCGAGCUGUGUGAGCUCGAGGAAGAGGUCAUUCGUAUGAGCAGCGAUGUGAAGGACAAGUAUCAGUGCGAGUUGGCCGCGACCUUCACUGGUCCGAAUACCAUCCCGAUCGUACUCUGCGGUGACUUCAACAACUCUCCCGAAUCGCCAAUCUACGAGUACAUGGAAAGCUCGUUCAUGCAGAAGCCCAACGUAGAAGGCGUGAGUGAAGCUUUUCGCAGUGCCUAUGCGUGCUACAAGCCGAACGCACUGGCGAGUGCAUCGGAACACUCAGAAGAGGCACUGCAGUCGCUCAAGGUCGAAAAAGGCAAGAAGACCGAGCCGCCGCAUACCACCGUGAACUUUCGACGUUGCUGGACGAUUGACUAUAUCUGGUACUCGAAGAGCACUCUGGUGCCGUCGCGAGUGUUGGCGAUUCCACCAGAGUCUGAACUACGAGCUGAAGACGGACCAAGCAACUGGUUCAAUCGACUGUCUCUAUCCGACAGCUUGGGCCGUUCAGGCCGUCUUCCAUUGGGUCUUCACGGCAACUACAAUGGCAUCCCUAAUUCCGUCCAUGGCAGUGAUCACGUGCCCAUUAUGGCCGAGUUUGAGUUCCUCUGCGCUAACGAUAACGAAACAUGUUGA